GCGCGGCAGCCGGCGGGACCGGGCCGGCGGCCAUGUUGGAUUUAAAGGGGCUGUGCCGCUGAGGGGGUGGGUGGUGCCGGGCUCGUUUCCCGCCCCGCCCCGCCCUGCCCGCAGCGCCGCAUAGGGAGUGCGACUGCAACCAGGACAGCGGCUGCGCUGCGCUGGCCGUCGGGACCCAGCGCCAGGGCUGAAGGAGUAGGACUAUGUCCACCAUGGUGUACCCAAGGGAGGAAAAACUGGACAAGCUGAGCCAAGAAGAGAUAAUUUCCAACACCAAGCUGGUGAUGCAAGGGCUGGAGGCACUCAAGAAUGAACACAACUCGAUCCUGCACAGCUUGCUGGAGACUAUCAAGUGUCUGAAGAAAGAUGAGGAAGCCAAUCUUGUGCAUGAAAAAUCCAACCUGCUCCGCAAGUCAGUGGAGAUGAUUGAACUGGGACUUGGAGAAGCUCAGGUGAUGAUGGCGUUGUCCAACCAUCUGAAUGCUGUGGAAUCGGAGAAGCAGAAGCUGCGUGCUCAGGUGCGGAGACUGUGCCAGGAGAACCAGUGGCUGCGCGAUGAGCUUGCCAACACCCAGCAGAAGCUGCAGCGCAGUGAACAAACUGUGGCUCAGCUGGAGGAAGAAAAGAAACACCUUGAGUUCAUGAACCAGCUGAAGAAGUAUGAUGAGGAUGUCUCACCUUCGGAGGAGAAGGAAGGUGACUCCACCAAGGACUCUCUGGAUGAUCUGUUCCCAAAUGAGGAGGAGGAGCAUGGUCCUGGAUUGCCCCACCAGCACAGCAGUGCAGUGGCAGCUGCCCAGCAGGGAGGCUAUGAGAUUCCCGCACGCUUGCGCACCCUCCACAACCUUGUUAUCCAGUACGCCUCACAGGGACGUUAUGAGGUGGCUGUGCCACUCUGCAAGCAGGCACUGGAGGACCUGGAGAAGACAUCGGGCCAUGAUCACCCUGAUGUGGCCACCAUGCUCAACAUCUUGGCACUAGUAUACAGGGAUCAGAAUAAAUACAAAGAGGCAGCGCACCUCUUGAAUGAUGCUCUCUCCAUCCGUGAGAAGACUCUGGGCAAAGACCAUCCAGCAGUGGCAGCAACUUUGAACAAUCUGGCAGUUCUCUAUGGCAAGAGAGGGAAGUACAAAGAAGCAGAGCCACUGUGUAAGCGAGCCCUGGAGAUCCGUGAGAAGGUCCUAGGGAAAGACCACCCUGAUGUGGCCAAGCAGCUGAACAAUCUAGCCCUGCUGUGCCAGAACCAGGGCAAGUAUGACGAGGUGGAGUACUAUUACUGCCGGGCCCUGGAGAUAUAUGAGAGCUGCCUGGGUCCUGAUGACCCCAAUGUGGCCAAGACCAAGAACAACCUGGCCUCUUGUUACCUGAAGCAAGGGAAAUACAAAGAUGCAGAGGUGCUGUAUAAGGAGAUCCUGACCCGUGCUCACGUGAAGGAGUUUGGCUCUGUGGAUGAUGAACACAAGCCAAUCUGGAUGCAUGCAGAGGAGAGAGAGGAGAUGAGCAAGAGCAAGCACAGAGACAGUGCUCCAUAUGCUGAGUAUGGUGGCUGGUACAAGGCCUGUAAGGUUAGCAGCCCUACUGUGAACACCACUCUGAGGAACCUAGGUGCGCUCUAUCGACGCCAGGGCAAGCUAGAGGCUGCUGAAACCUUGGAGGAGUGUGCAGUUCGCUCUCGUCGGCAGGGCAUUGACCCGAUCAACCAGACGAAGGUGGUAGAGAUCCUGAAGGAGGGUGAUGGCACAGAGCGACGUCAGAGCCUGGGGAGCGGUGUCAAGUACGAGAAUGCCACAGACGGUAGCGAGGAAGUGAGUAUGGGCGUGGAAUGGAGUGGGGCUUAAAUGCCUCCCGAGACUCCCUCUUUCCCCUCCACCGCAAUCACCUGGAUGUUUGUGUUGUAUCUUCCGACUUUUCCUCCACACCAUCCCUCCUUCCUCGGCAAGAACUCCACGCCAGUCCCCCAACUCUCCCAGCGCGCAAGGGCACAGCGACGCCUGCAGAGGAGUCCCUGGCCACGUGGCCCAGCACCAGUCCCCUGGCCAAGCAAGAGCAGGAAGAAUCUGCAAGGAGCUGCCCACUCCCCCAGGCCAGGGCGAGGGGUCACCAUCCCCUUGUGUGUGUCCCCACCCCCAGCCUGCCCUUGCACAUCCCUGGAGACCAGGCCUGCGGGGGAUUGUCUUCACUCCAAGUGUGCUGACUCCACCAUCACUAGACAUCCUCAACCCUCCUAGCUUUUUGCCCUCCAUCUCUGCAGGGGCCAGGAUGGAGGCAUGAAGAUGGGGAGUUCUUUUGGGACAAAGAGGCCUGGUCUUUGCAGGGCUGUCAUGCCUCCAGUUGCUUUCUUCCCUGUAGACUUAGCUGAUAUUAGUGCCCUGUAGCAAACCUGUGCAGGCCACUGACAAGCUGCGCACUCCCUGCAGCACAGGGCAGUCCCCGUCUUGCCACCCUUCUCUCUACUGAGAUCUGGAACCAAUGGGUAGUGUGUGGGUCUUUCUGCAGGGGUACAGGAAUGUAGGGUGACCCAUAGCUACUGUACAUCUAGGAUGUGGUGGGGGUUGGCAGCCAAGGGCCAUGCAUGGAACAGGGACCUGUCAGGACAAGUGUGUUUGGGUGUUGUAGCCUUCUGACCUGAUACUGUAGCCAGAUUCCUCACCUGAUGGCAUUAAGGGGUGAAUCAGCUCCCCGUUGCUCCAGGGUCCUCAGGUGUGGCUGCUGGGAGGGGGAAGAGGCAGGGGUGAAGCUGUUUGUUCCGUGGAGGCAGAGGAAAGCAGAACUCUUUUGCAAGGGGCCAGGCCAUUGGAAGUGGCUGAGAUAGGGAACAGGCUAGUUUGGAGCAGAGUGGUUGGGAGAAAAAGGAGGUACAAAGAAAGAGAGAAGAAAAAGGAAAAGAAAAGGCAAGGCUAGGGCUUGGGAAGCUCUGAGCAUGUGGGGAAGUGGGAGUGCUAGAGGGAGGUUUCCACAAGAGGAGAAGUAGUCAGGUUGCUCAUAGAGGAGACCAGUUCUUGAACACAGGACCUGGCUUGCCAGGUGUGGAGCUGUGACUCACUGUCUGGCUGUCCCUGGCCAAGUGGGUGGGAAAUCUGUAAGCAUGUGACUGCUAAGACGACAGUGCUGACCCUGGGUAUGUGUGUGGCGGCUCAGUGCCUCUGAUGGGACUCCAGACCUGCACAGGUUCUGGUGCUGUUGGUCACUAUGGGGAAAGUGGAUGUUUUCCCAGGGCCAGACCGCCACUGCCUUAAGCCUCACACCCUUGGGUGUGCACCUUCAUGCCACCUCCUAUAGGAAGCGAACCCUGCCUGGCCCCCUGAUAUGGCAAGAAAGCUGGGGAGUUUGCAGCUAGCAGUAUAGAGGCUAGAGACCAGUGCAGGGCUUCCCCCUUAUUUAUUUAGCUAGAUAGUGUCUCUCAUGCUAGUCAUCUGGCAGGUUGUGAUGCUAAAUGUGCCUGUGUCUGUCUGGGCCUGGCUUUCUCGUGGUGGUGCAGAGGCCUUGGGGCACAUGCAUGCUGCUCCUCUGAGAGUCUGUGCUUACUGAAAGGAGGUUUGUCCUCAGGACCAUGGGGUGUGGAGUCUAGGGCUGAGUGCUCUAAGGCUGUGCCUUCCCUGCCUUUGUUUCCCACUGCUGCUCCAUGCUUCUGGAGAGUGGUGAGCCUCCAGUGCAGGGUGCAUUUGAACCUCAGUGCUGCCUGCCCCUGUGCUUUGCCAUGUCCUGGACCUGGUGCUGUAACAACCGUACCUCUGAUUAAAGGUAGACAGAUCUGAA